UGAGUCUGACGGAUGCAUCGAUGAGGAAGGAACUGUACUAUUAUAUUCCGGGAGGAACGCCUGAUGACGUCUAUAGCAUCCUUAAUGUGACUUAUUGAAAAAAAGGCAAGGCUCGCGAUACAUGGAUAAAAAUCCAAGGCGAAUCGGAGCGCAGGACAAAAACUUUUUUGUGCAAAGAUAUGUAGACGCACGGAGGUAUACUUUUCAGUUUUUGUUUUGCUUCAACGACCGGUUUAGUCACCUAUUGUGUGUAUAAAAGUGCGAUUGCGCUGCGUUGAGGGGAACAUAAGGGGAAACGGCAGCGGCGCUUGAGCAAGGGAAGAGAAUAAGAGGUGCCGAGAGGAAGAUCUCUAUCUCUCUCACACGCUUCGACAGCCGCGCCCGGAUCACAUCCCACCGCGCUCCUCUCUGCCACCCCUGCUAUAGCAUGGCCAGUUCGAGUAAAGCGACAUUAGUCUUGCUCAUCUACGGAAUCAUAAUGCACUACAGUGUUUACUGCACACCUAUCGGAUUAAGUUACCCUAAAAUAAGACUAGAUAAUGACGCUUUCGAUGAAGAUGGGAAUUCAUUAUCGGACAUGGGGUUUGACAGUGAUCAAAUUGCUAUACGAAGCCCACCAUCCUUAGAUGACGACGUGUACACACUGUACUACCCUCCAGAAAAAAGAACAGAGAGGCAUGCAGAGGAAGAAUUAGAUAGAGCCUUGAGGGAGAUCCUGGGUCAGUUAACAGCGAGACAAUAUCUGCAUUCUCUGAUGACAAUACGUGUAGGCGAAGAGACUAGCAUGGAGGACGAGUCGGAACCAUUAUCUAAAAGGCAUUCGGACGGGAUAUUCACCGACAGCUACAGCCGCCAUCGAAAACAGAUGGCUGUGAAGAAAUACCUCGCAGCAGUCCUGGGGAGAAGGUACAGACAGAGGGUGAGGAACAAAGGACGUCGACUCGCGUAUUUGUAGCGAUGUUAAAGCAGCUCCCCCAAAACUGCCCCUCCUGUGUAAAUAUCCAGUCGUUCAAGUCAUUCAGAUAUACCUGACAAACAGUGGAUUGCGCCUGUGUUCUUUAAACAUGUAUUUAUGUAUCAAGUA